AUGUCAACCAGGUCGGAAAUGAAAGGUUGCCAGGAUGGCUUUAUGGAGUCUCGAGAUGAUAUUCCGCUGAAAGAUUCUGGAAGUGAUGAUGUUCUUGAUGACCAGAAAGUGGAAUACCCAUCACCUGCCAAGCUGGCGCCUAUUAUCCUAGGUUUAUGCUUUCAAUCAUUUUGCAUCGCCCUGGACAAUACAAUCCUGUCGACCGCGAUCCCCAAAAUCACAGAAGAGUUUAAUUCUCUCGAGGACCUUGCCUGGUAUGCGAGUGCCUAUCUGUUGACAACUUGUGCGGUAACUCUCCCUUUCGGCAAGAUAUACACCUACUAUUCUACGAAAUGGACAUAUAUCAUCGCUCUUGGAUUGUUUGAGUUUGGGUCUUUGAUAUGUGCAGUGACACCGACAUCGAAAGGGCUGAUCCUGGGGAGAGCUAUUGCGGGAAUCGGAUCAGGUGGACUUUCUCCGGGUGCUCUUCUUGUCCUCGCCAAUACCCUGCCUUUACAUCGCCGUGCUCUAUAUUUUGGAAUUAUCGGCAGCACCAGCGGUAUCGCGACCGUAACUGGUCCAUUGCUUGGCGGACUACUUACUGACAGGGUCAGUUGGCGAUGGUGCUUCUAUAUCAAUCUCCCUUUGGGGGUCCUCACGGGAAUAUUCAUCAUACUGUUUUUCAAAGACUCAAGUAGCACCCGAACAAAACUUGAGCCUGGGAAAAUGAACAAAGUCAAAAGAAUGGACCCGUGGGGGAUUCUUGUUUUCAUACCGGCUAUCAUAUCGAUUUUGCUCGCCAUGCAAUGGGGAGGAACGAAGUACGAAUGGGCAGAUCCCCGAAUCAUUGUUCUCUUUGUGAUUUUCGGGGUAUUUGGCUCCGUAUGGUGUGUGAUUCAAUUCUGGAAGCAAGAAGAAGCCACGAUUCCCCCUCGUCUGCUGAAAGAUCGCAAUGUUCUUGGCGCUGUCAUCCACGCCUUGUUCUUAGGAGGCUCUUUCUUUGUAUUUGGGUACUAUCUCCCGAUUUGGUUCCAAGCAAUUGAAGGGGAGUCAGCCUCAGAGUCCGGAAUCAACAAUCUCCCAAUGGUGGUUUCGAUGAUAGUCUGUUCGGCCAUCGGAGGAUUGCUGGUAAAUCUCAUCGGGUAUUAUACACCUCUCAUGUUUCUCGGGAGCGCGCUUCUCACGAUCGGGUCGGGACUAUGUACAACAUUCCAAGUUCAGACGUCGCACGAAAAAUGGAUUGGUUACCAGAUUAUCAUAGGGAUCGGAGCUGGAGUAGGAUUCCAACAAUGCAUUAAUGCUUUGCAGACGGUUUUGCCAUUGCAUGACAUACCCAUUGGGAUUGCGAUCAUUACUUUCUCGCAAAGCCUGAGCGGUGCAGUGUUUAUCUCAAUUGCUCAAAAUGUUUUUCAGAAUCGGCUAGUGGCAAGUCUCAUUGAAAAUGCCCCCAUGGUCAACCCCACUUCCGUCAUCCGAUCAGGAGCAGCAAAUUUGUCACAUCGGCUCCCCAAGGAGGCUCUUCCUUCCGUUCUCUACGCGUACAAUCUCGCCGUGACAGAGACAUUUUAUGUUUGUGUAGCCACAGCAGGCUUAUCAUUCUUCGGAGCAUUGUUGGUAGAAUGGAAAUCCAUGAAACGGCAGCCAAAUAAGUCUCAAGACUGA